AUGAAGUUUGAAGGAAACUUCAUGGAGGAAAUUCUCACAUUGUGUUGAACACUGGGUAAUCUGGAGUGCAUAGGAGCUGUCGAUCUGUCUAUCGGUCGUUGUUUUCAGGAUUCCUGCUCUUCUCCCGUGUUUAUUUACUCGUUAUGUCACCGCCUUCAUUUCUCACGUAAACAUCAGGACGCGAAUCCCGAAGAUUAAAAGGAAAAUGGACCAACAAUCUGAUGUUCAACCCGGAGAUGACAUCGCUCCAGCUGAAUCAAACACUCCUCCACCGAGGAUGACAAGAAAACAGACUCUCACCUUAAUAUCAAUGGCUUCCGUCAACUUCAGUUCUAUGAUUUGCUAUUCAAUAUUGGGCCCAUUUUUCCCCACAGAGGCUGUAAAGAAAGGAGCCAGUCAGACGAUGAUUGGUCUCAUAUUUGGCAGCUAUGCUGUCUGCAAUUUAAUUGGUUCAUUGGUGCUGGGAAAAUAUAUUGUGCAAAUUGGUGCAAAGUUCAUGCUAAUCACUGGACUUUUUGUGUCGUCAGGCUGCACCAUUCUUUUUGGAUUACUCGAUCGGGUCCCCGAAGGCCCCGUGUUCAUUACCCUGUGCUUUAUAGUGCGGUCCAUCGACGCUGUAGGCUUUGCCGGUGCGAUGACCUCCUCUUUUGCCCUGACAGCAAAAAUAUUCCCAGACAAUGUGGCGACUGUUUUGGGUAGUUUGGAGAUCUUCACAGGGCUCGGCCUUAUACUGGGGCCUCCGGUGGGUGGGUGGUUCUACCAGUCUUUUGGAUACGAAGUCCCCUUUAUGCUUCUUGGAUGUUUGCUGUUGCUUAUGGUCCCAUUCAACUUUUACGUCCUUCCAUCGAUAGAGGCAGAUCCGUCGAAGGAUUCGUUCUUCCGGCUUCUCAGCCAAGUCAAAAUAGUCCUGAUCUGCUAUGUGAUAUUCACUUUGAGUGCAGGUCUGGGGUUCUUGGACGCCACAUUGUCCCUGUUUGCCAUUGAGAAGUUUAACCUCACAUCUGGCUACGUUGGACUCAUCAUGCUCGGUUUGUCGUUGCCGUAUUGUCUGGCGUCGCCUCUGAUGGGUUAUUUCACAGAUAAGUAUCCUGCUACGAGGAUUAUGUUCGUGGUAAUAGGAAGCAUAGUCACAGCCGUUGGUUUCUGUCUGCUUGGUCCCGCCCCUUUCCUCUACAUCCCCCAUCAGCUGUGGUUGCUGGUCGUCAUGCUCGGCCUAAUUGGGUUUUCUCUGGGCAUGACUGCAAUCCCCACGUUCCCUGAGAUCAUCACAUGUGCAUACGAACAGGGAUUUGAAGAGGGGCUGAGCACUCUGGGGAUGGUGUCUGGGCUGUUUGGUGCAGUGUGGUCUUUAGGGAUGUUUUAUGGCCCGAUAGUGGGCGGCCUUAUCACGCAACAUCUGAGCUUUGAGUGGGCGGCUGCAGUCCAAGGAGGCCUGGCGUUAUUGGCUGCCUUUCUCCUCUCUGUGCAUUCUGUGUGUCAACGGCCACGACAGCAAAGCGUUCCACAAACAGAAGAAGACACUCCUCUCCUGAACGAGUGAAGGCCUCAGCUUCAGGACGUUUUACUAAAUGGAACAUGAUCUUAAUAUUUCAGUAGCUCGUCGGCUUCUGCCUUCAACUAUUUUAUUACUGUUAUUAACUGCUCUUUAACUCUUAAAUUAUAUAUAUAUAUUUUUUUGUAAUUCAGGGAUUGUAAUACUUACUUGAUGAAUGGGAGACGGUUCAGAUUCUAAUAUAGUUGUAUUCUUAUGAAAUGAUUAAAUGUAUUUGCUUUUAUUGGGUAUUUCCUGAGAAAAACUAAACGGUACAAAUGUACUGACUUUAAGACUGGACGUUUACAAGCUAGUCCGGACCAGAAACUAAAUGUGCCUUUUGUUCGGAAGCUCUUUUCUCUUAAUGAUCUUAGUUUUCUGUCACAUGCCGUGGCUUUGGAGUGACCUGCGUCAAGAUCUGCUGACCACAUUCACGGGAAGAAAACGGUUCUGUGUUUGGAAAGUUACAUUUUACAGGUCACAGCCUCACACACAACUCAAACUACUCAAAAACUGUGCCUUAUAAUAUUUUGUUUUUAUAGAAAUAAACAAUUUGACAUUAAUAUUUUGAAUACCUGAUGUUUUAAUGCUGCGAAGAAACGGCAGAUACAAACUUUGUAAAUCUCUUACAGGCUAAAAAAUUAGAGCUAUAAUAUUACAGACACUUUGUGUCCUACAUCAUCAGCAACAUUGUUACAUGAAUUUGUAUACGUAGAUAAAUUACUUUCAGCAGAAAAAUAUACAAAAAUAGUUAACCAGCAUGGUACAAAUCUCAAAAAGGUUUUUUUUAUAGACAAAUUUAACAAUUGACUGAUUCAUUCUGCUUUGUAUAAACACACCUACUGCCCUAAAAUAAAAAUAUAUGAAAACUGCAGUGAUAAAGAGAAUAAAGAUAAAAAGCACACUGAAAAUCUGA